GAGCGCGGGCGGCCAUGGCGGCGGCGGGGCGGCUGCCGGCGCUGCGGCUGCUGGCCCUGCUCGCCCUGCUCGCCCUGCUGCUGGGCGGCGCCUGGGCGGCGCGGGGUCGCGGCGCCGAGAAGCAGAACAGCCUCCGCCGCGCCGCCAGCGGCCUCUACCAGGGCGUCAGCGGCCUCUUCGGCGAGGACAACGUGCGGGCCCUGCAGAAGUUUUUCUCAAGGUUGACUGAGAGGUUUGUGAAUGGGGUGGAUAUAUUAAUGGACACAUUCUGGAGAAUAUGGACUGACCUGUUAGAUGUUCUUGGGAUUGAUGCCUCCAACCUGACUCAUUAUUUCAGCCCAGCAGCAAUUGCCAACAACCCAACCCGUGCUCUUCUGCUCAUUGGUGCCAUUUUACUUGCCUAUUGGUUUCUCUCUCUCUUCCUUGGAUUCUUCUUCUAUCUCCUGCAUAUGAUGUUUGGUCGCUUCUUCUGGAUUGCGAGGGUUGCCCUCUUCACCCUCUCGUGUGUGUACAUCCUCCAGAAGUACGAAGGCGAUCCAGAACACGCCGUGCUGCCUCUCUGCUUUGUUGUAGCUGUGUAUUUCAUGACCGGGCCUGUUGGAUUUUACUGGAGAAGAAACAGCAACAGCAGCCUGGAGGAGAAGAUGGACCACCUUGACAGCCAGAUCAGACUUCUGAAUAUACGUCUUUCCAGGGUGAUUGAAAACCUGGACAGAGGCAGUGACCAAUGAACCGACCCCUAUAGACCACUGUACACCAGCUCUCUAGAAAAUUCCUAAGCACUGUCUCAUUCGAAGUUACAAAGCAGCAAAACAUCACAUGGUAAAAAGUGUGCGAGGUUAAAACUUUUCAUCAUGUGUAAGACUAAUUUACCUAGAUUAUACACUCAGCCAUUAUACUUGUAAGGAAAGAAACAUUUAAAGAUUUCAGCUGUAUAUUUAGAGAGUUUUAUCCAGUACUAGAAUUUUCUCAGUAGAUAAACGCUUACUUUUACAGGCAUUUAAAAACAUCUUUUGUAAAGUUUUUAUAAAAGCAAAUUGAGUAGUCUUUCAGAUACUUAAAUUGAGCUAAACAUAUGCAAAUUUGACACUUUAAAAUGUUAAAAAGAAAAAAAAAACUCGAGCUACCAAACACUUCUCUUGAGAAGUAACUACUGUGGGUCCACAUUUUUUUUUUGAAGUUAUGAAUGUUUUGUUUUAUUGUUGGCUUAUUUCAUUGCCUCGAAGUUGCCUUUCAUAGAGUAUCAUAUGAAGAAUUUUCUGGUAUCCGAGCCAAAAAAUUCACACCAUAGCUUUUAAUAGGAGUCGAGGGAAAAAGGAGAGAAGUAAGAUUUUGUGAAUUUCAAGUGAAAUGCCGGUCUGAUAUGAAGAAUUCAUAAAUGUAGAUAUMUAUGGGUUUACUUUGUUGCAUUUUGUAUCAAGGAUUUAACUUAAGUGGUUGAAAGGAAAUCUAUUUUAAGAAAUUGACCUGAAGGGAAGAGAUGUAGUGUGGCAGAUUAUAGUUCAUAUUUGAUCUUCAUAGCGAAGCAUUUUCCAAGCAGUGCAUAGGAUAAAACAUGGUUUUUAGUCUCAGGACCCAUGUACUUUCUCAAAAAAAGGCAGCAGAUAAAACACUUGCAAAUGUAUUGUUGCUUAAAGCUUUCUCAGGACCAAUAAGCGGCAAUAAAUUACCUUCAGGAAGAUCUGGAUUUUUUUUCUAAAAUUAUAAUAGUUUUAUAGGAGCUUUUGGGUGGGAGUCUGUGUCCUCACUACAUCGGGUUUUGGGGAAAAUGAGUCACCUUAUGAGAAGAGUAUAUUGAACAGUUGUAUUCCAAAGUAAUGUGGAAGCUUUGAAGCAAACUUACUUUGAAGGAUUCCAUGUAUUUGCAAUGUUGAACUAGCUUGGUAGAUUAUCACUGGCUUCGUAAGGAUUGCAGAAGUGCAUUGAAACAAAGGUAACCUCAGGGAAGAAAGCCUGAUAGGUGAAUUAAUUUAGUAACCUAUCUCAUUCAAGGAUAUAAAUGAAGGAGAGCAGAGGGGGAAAGCAUCUAACACCAUAGUAAUGAGCACAGAAUCAAUCCUGUGUGAAGUGAGAUGGGCUGCAGAUGAGAAGUGUUUUCCCUAAUAAUUUAAAGGAGUACAGGAAAAAAAAUGAUUGCCAUAAAGUCUAGCCAUGAUACUGGCAAAAAGCAGAGGGGAACAAGUAUCAAAGGAUGAUCUGUGUGCUAUCACUUCACCUGGUUUGCCCGUCUCAGUGGGACUGGCCCUGGGCACGAUUUGCCACUUGGGCUCGACUUCUUGUCUGGCUGGGCAGAACUGUUGGAUGUGACACUUAAUUGAAUGUAACUUUGGGGAGAAUUUAUUUUUCUCUGUAUGCUGAAAUUUGAGAUUUUUUUUUAAUGCAUACUACUUGCCUAACCUCUUUUGGUCUGURUGUGGCAUUUGCACAAGUGAUUAGUUUAAAAUCCAUAUUUAUGGCACUUCUUCUGAACUGUGAUCCCUUAAGUUCAAUGUAAUGGUUUCAUGUGCAAUURGCACUCUUGUAAUCCAUUUUACUUUUUUAUAUUGUCUGUACAUCCCUGGCACUGAUUUUGAAGAAAUAUAUUUAGAGUGGCAAAGUAACUGCUUUUCAUGAGUUACUUUUUUACAGAGAGUACAGAGUAGAAACAGAGUACURUUGCAACAAACACUCUGCUUAGUAUAGCUGAAUAUUCAAAGUAUAUUUCUUUUUUUUACAGCUCAUUUUCCAUAGUAUUACAUAGUCUUCCCUAUAAUUUGUUUUCCCUCCUCUGCUGUGCUCGGAGGACUGGGCUAAAACACCACCCUGGAAWUUAGGAAUUGAUUAGCAAAGCUUGCACAGCCUUGAAGUGUUGAGCUAAGUCUGAGGCCUGAGGACCAAAGCCUGCAAACCUCGCUCAUGUAAGCGACUCCACUGACUUCAAUAGGACUACGUGCAUGAGUCAGUUUUGCAUAGAUAGUAUUUUUAUGUAAUCCAUAUUUAAUGUUGAAGUUAAGAAUAUUUGAAUCGUUUAUAUAUUAUGAGUUGUCUAUUAAAGAUUUAUGUUAAAAUGCGACAUGAAAAUUAACUUGGAUUGUUAUAGUUUCUCCCUGUCUCUUUAGUCAUGUCUUUUAGUUUUAUAAAAUCAGCCCUUUUGUAUUAAUGCUCUUCUAAUUUUGAUCGCCCUGCUGCAUGAAGAGAAGUAUUUUUGUAUUUACUUACAUCCCAUGUACAGCCAAGUGUUACAUGAAAAGCAGUAUAUAUAAAACUGGAUAUUUUUAAUCAGUGUUUUUCCCCAGCUCAGUUUUCACUGUAGUAAAAUUUGAAAGCAAUGGGUUUUUUUUUUUUGAUAAGCAGUCUAAUCUGCAAUAUAUAGAGAUACUUUUAAAAAUGCUCUGUGUUUUUAAACAUGCACUGUAGUGAAAUGCUUUAGCGACCUGAAUGUGGCAUUGUAUUUAAUCUCUUUUGAGUUACAUUUGUAAAUACCUUUUACAGAUAUUUUUCCAUACAGAAUUAUCCAGUUUAUCCAUAAAAUCUUCUGCUCUGCUUUUAGGAACUCAUUCCAGUGAAAGUGGUAGCACUGCUUUUAUAUUGCCACUGAUGGAGCAUCUUAAAUUAAUUCAGAGCUGUACAGGUAGCACCACUUGACACAUGGGUAAACUGAUGCACAGAACAUGACAGAUUUGCCCAAGACCGCGCAGUGAGUGGCAGAAAUGGGAACAAAACCCAGAUCUCUCAGCUCCCAGACCCAUGCUCUCACCACUGUCCUGCUUAUUCAGAGCUGGGUGGUGGUACCUAUGCAUUCCUCUAGUAUUCCGUCCAUCCUUUGCACCUGAUCUGGUGCAAGUGAYUUUAAAAGUGGUAUGGAUUAUCUGAGGUGCAGUUACAUGUGUGUAGAUACACUCAAUCUGGCCUUUGAUCCAAAGGCUGAUAGUAUCAAACUGCUCCUAUCUACCAGCCCAUUCCCAGCAGCUACUUGAGUGUCACCACAUUACACUGGUUGACAUGUAACUGCUCAAGAUGGACUUCAAACCAUCUGAUAUCAGAAAUUCCGGUAAGGUCUUAAGUAUUUUUAGCUUCAUGCUUUAAGAUCUGAUAUUUGAAGCCACUGUAGGACAAUGUAUUCUCAGUACAUUGACAUUUUUACGUUGACAUUUUUGCAAAACAACUUACAUUUGUAGCAGUUUCUCUGAAAGUGCACACCUCACCUGUAUAGGUAACUGAACUGUUGUAUUAAGAAUGUAAUAAUGCUUUUAAAAGUGGUAUUGGGUAUCAGAGUACAAUGUGUAAAAUCUGAUGUAAUUCAAUGCUGUACUUAAUAGUGCGUCCUUCAAAUUGUGAUUUGCUUUUAAAGACUUGUUGCAUAGUUAAUGUGGAAAAUAGACCAGUAUAAAUCUUAGCUCUUUGAUGGUGUAGAAUUUUUAAGUGUGAUUUGCCUCACAUACUGAUCUGUAUUUGGCAGCUAAUGACGUAAAUGACCGUUAAGUUCUCUUUGUUGGGGUUGGAUAAUAAAAGAUUUUAUUGUGUCCGCAUGCAUUUUAAACUUUUGGAUAAUUCCAUUGAACU